UCUUCUUCUUCUUCUUCUUCUUCUUCUUCUUCUUCUUCUUUCAUGUCUCUAGACUCUCUACCGUUGUAUCUAUAUAUUCUCUCGCCACUUCUCCGCCAGAUUCCGGCGAUCAAACCCUAAGCCUGACCUUCUCCGGCUGCCGGAAAGGAUGGACGAAUCAUGGAGGAUGAGAAUGGGGUUCAACGUGCCCAGGAGAAGAUCCACGGAGGAGACUUCAGCUGAUCGAUUGAGACGAAGCUACUCUGGUAUUGGUAGCUCUCACUCCGACACCCUUGACCCCGAGGACUUCAACGAUGUCUUUGGAGGUCCCCCCAGAACUAUCUUUUCCCGCCAGUUUUCUGGGAGUUUCUCAAACAGAGUGGAUUAUUUCUAUGAGGAGAUCUUCCAGUCGCCAGAGUUUGUAACUCCGGCUAACAGGGGCCGGAACUUGCCGGUCUUCAGGAUCCCGACUUCUCGUCGGGGUACUGGUGGAGCUGGAGUUGGAAUUUCCCGGCGAACUGACGGUUUCUACGAUGAUAUAUUCGGAUCCGACGAGGAUCGGAGGCCGAGAUCGCGGUCCAAGUCGAAACCGACCUCGAAAUCGAAGUCGAAAUCGAACUCUUCUUCGGUGUUGAGUUCGGAGGAUUUGAGUCCUCUCCGUCCUUCCAUUGCAGAGGAUAUCGUCUUCUCUUCCUUCGCGUCGAAGCUCAGGCCAAUCAAUGUCCGUUGUCAACGAAAUUCACCUUCAGCCAUGAUCGAGGAGCAACAAAAAAAACCUGGGACAUCAGCUACUCCAAGCACUCACCUUUCAUACACGGAUUUCCAGUAUACAGAACAAGAUUUCACUGACACUUUGAAGAGCUCAAACUUUGGAUUCUCACGACGGGUUUCAUCCCCAGAAACAAUUGUUAGUGUUGAACCCAAGUCAUAUCAGAGCAUCAAGGUCUCGGUGGAUGAUCUAGAGACUGAUUCUCCCUCUUCUGUAGUGUCUUCACUUUGUCAAGGUCCAGAUGCUGAAGCCAGGAUUCAAGGUAAGUUGUUUCAAGAUGAAGUGGAGCAUGAAGAUGAAGAAAUCGUGAGCUCAUAUGUUAUUGAAAUCACUUCUGACAAAAGGGAAGGGACUGGUGAUUCAGUAGCUAUAGAUGAAGCAAUUGCAUGGGCGAAAGAGAAGUUUUUCAGUCAAAGAACAGAGGAUUCAGAAGGUGGCAAUCGGCAAGAGAAUUUUGGACACAAAGAGAGAGGGUCAUCUGUUGAAAGGGGGGGAAGGAGGAAUUCACUUGAAUGUUUGGAUCAGCAAAUGGAUGGAAAUGAAAGAAUACAACCACUUGUGAGUGAGGAAGAACCAACUAAAUGGACAGAAUCAGGAGAGAAUCAGCAAUUCCAAAGUGAUACGGAGAUGGAGCAGUUGGAGGAAGAAGUAAGGCUAUGGGCAGCAGGCAAGGAAGGAAACAUUCGUUUACUGCUCUCAACACUGCAUCAUAUUCUAUGGCCCAAUAGUGGAUGGCAAGCAAUCCCACUAAUUGAGCUGAGAGAUGCCUCACAAGUAAAGAAGGCAUACCAGAAAGUAAGGUUGUGUCUUCACCCAGACAAAUUGCAACAAAGAGGUAUAACAUUCCCACAGAAAUAUGUUGCAGAGAAGGCAUUUGCCAUCCUCCAGGAUGCAUGGACUUCAUUCAUCUCCCAGGAUGUCUCGUUUGGAUAGGCAAGGCUUACAAGUGAUCUGAGUCUUCUUUCUUUUGUUUAAAAAUGGUCAAGGACUCGAGCAUAAAAGCUGACUCCUGGACUACAGGCUCUUUCAGUGGUCAUGUUAAAAUAUGGAGUCCCACUAACCAUUUAUGUGCUCAAGUGCCUUGCGUUGUGCCUGAUGGUUUUGUGGGGAACCUACCUUCUCCUCUACCUGAUGAGUAUAUAUUAGGACGUGAUGAUGAGAUUUCAAUGAAGAGAUUGGUUGCAACAGAAAUGCAUUGGACACUGCAGCAGUAUUCAAAUAUAUGUUCUAUCUAGAGACUUUCUUUUUGGGUAGUUUAUCUCCUAGUGUUCAGAGAUAGUUUGAAUAUUACCUUUGAAAUAGAAUGCACCUUUCGAAUAA